CUCACCUCUGUCUGUGUAUAAAAGCAUGAUUUAAAUUUUAGCAGUAUUUUAGUUUUGUUUAAAGUAACAAUAAAAUAUCUAACCGAAAUGAAUGCGUUAUUAGAUUAUGGAUCAUCUUCCUCAAAUGAAUCCGAUGAAGACACAGAAGAAAAGUCUUCAAAAGAUGAUAUGAAGCCCAAACUGCCGAAACCUGCUCUUGGCGAGAGCGCUCUACAAACUUCCGUAUUUUCCAACCCCUUUGUUGAAGCUGAGUUGGCGAAGGCGGCUAUAUUAGAAAAGCAUGUGAAAAUGGUUCCAGGUAGAGACAACACGCAGAUGAUCAAUGGCAAAAAGAUUUGCUGGAACUACAGAAAGGGCCGCUGCCGGUUUGGACACAACUGUAAAUAUGCUCACGACUCAGAUAUACAGAAGACUUCAGAAGAAUUGGAUACUGAGAAACAAAAAUUGAAGUCCCUGGUUUGUGAGGGUUCCGGAACAAUGACUGCAACCCCGCCCCCUCAAGUGGCAUUAGAACAAGUGUUACCAACCGACGACGUGGUCUGGGAAGGAGCAGCCGAUAAGAGAAAACUAAAGCGGCCAGGGCUCAGCCAAUCUCUGGUCCCUGGCAAGAAAGUUAUUAAGAUGUAUAAGGAGCAAAAAGUUAAAGAUUCUAUUAAAAAAUAAUAUUACUAUUUAUA